AAGUUGUUACAUCAAGUAGAAGUAUCAGAUGAAGUGGAAGUAGUACAUCAAGUAGAAGUAUUACAUCAAGUAGAAGUAUCAGAUGAAGUGGAAGUAGUACAUCAAGUAGAAGUAUCAGAUGAAGUGGAAGUAGUACAUCAAGUAGAAGUAUUACAUCAAGUAGAAGUAUCAGAUAAAGAGGAUGUAGUACAUCAAGUAGAAGUAUCAGAUAAAGUGUAUGUAACACAUAAAGUGGAAGUAGUACAUCAGGUAGAAGUAUCAGAUAAAGUGUAUGUAACACAUAAAGUUGAAGUAGUACAUCAGGUGGAAGUAUCAGAUAAAGUGUAUGUAACACAUAAAGUGGAUGUAGUACAUCAAGUAGAAGUAUCAGAUAAAAUGGAAGAAGUACAUCAAAUAGAAGUAUUACAUCAAGUAGAAGUAUCAGAUAAAGAGGAUGUAAUACAUCAAGUAGAAGUAUCAGAUAAAGUGGAUGUAACACAUAAAGUGGAUGUAGUACAUCAAGUAGAAGUGUCAGAUAAAGAGGAUGUAGCAUAUAAUGGGUGUCGAAUGUUCAUAGAUUCCUUCCUUCCAGGGUGA